UACUGUUCUUGUAUGGAAUAUUAUCGCCAUAUAAUCAAGAACACCUCAGCAAAGUACUAGGAGAGUUUAUAAAUCUCAGUUGGCCACAAAAACAUAAGCAGAUCAUCAAUCUCUGAAGUUGGAAGCAGCUAGAGAUUUGUGAAGAUGAAGGUUAAUCAACUGUGUUGUUUCGUGUUAUUGUUGAUGAUGAUGGCUUUAUGCGAUGCAUCAAGAUUAAUAAACUACUUCAACAAGGCUCCUCUGAAGUCUAUCAAGAGCAAGGAUGGUGAUGUAAUUGAUUGUAUACUUCUCUCUGAACAACCAGCACUUGAUCAUCCCUUACUCAAGGAUCACCGAAUUCUGAUGACACCAAGUUAUCACCCGGAAGGGUUGAAAAAAUUGUUCAACAGUAGGAAUGAUGAGAAAUCAAUUACUCAAUUGUGGCAAUUGGCUGGGAGAUGUCCACAGGGAAGCAUUCCUAUCAGAAGAGGUAAAAAAGAGGAUGGUUUCUUCUCUGUGAUCAAGAGCUUUUUACAGAAGGAUGAAACCAAUCGCGAGAAGCUUUCAGCCGGCAUGGAACUCAUCAGCCAAGUGAAAUCCUACCAGUCUGUAGCUAGUUAUGCUAUGGGAGCAUAUUAUGGAGCAAAGGCAAUCAUGAAUGUCUGGCAACCCCAACUUCAGCAACCUAAUGAAUAUAGCUCGUCUCAGCUCUGGAUAACGGAGAAUUCUUUUGGUUCAAAUCAGAACACCAUUCAAGCGGGUUGGCAUGUCAACCCAGAAUUAUACGGAGAUGCUAGAACAAGGUUCUUCAUGCACUGGACUAGGGACAACUUUAAGUCCACAGGAUGCUACAACUUGCUGUGUUCAGGCUUUGUUCAAAUCACUAAUGAAAUUGUACUAGGAGGCUCUGUCUUCCCCCUCUCCAAUUUCAACGGUUCCCAGUCUGAAAUUAGCAUACUUAUUUGGAAGGAUCCAGCACAAGAUGCAUGGUGGCUAGAAUUUGGCAACACGAUAGUUGGUUACUGGCCAGGCUCUUUGCUUACAAGCCUAGCACACUAUUCUUCUUUGAUUGAAUGGGGUGCGCUGGUUUUAAACAAACAGUCAGAUGGGCUACAAACUUCUACACAGAUGGGUAGUGGUCAUUUUCCACAAGAAGGUUUUAAGAGGGCAAGUUACAUGAGAAAUCUUGAAGUGAUAGGUAGCUCAAUGAAAUUAAGGCCCCUUAAUUACUUAAGGACCAUUGCUCGGAAAUCAAACUGCUAUGAUAUAACCGUGGGAGAGAAUGCUGAUUGGGGAAAUUACAUUUUCUAUGGAGGACCCGGGAGAAAUCCUAGUUGUCCAUGA